CGUGGUGGCCUGAAACCUCGUUCACGCAACGAAUGCACUUGGCGUAGCGCGCUCCAAAGACAACGACGUCGUCUUCGCCGCGAUAAUGGCCUGCAAUACGCUUCACGGCAGUAGUGCUUGUCAAGCGGGUUAUCUAGGCUACGCGCGCGUGCGGAAGUGCUACGACGUACGAAUCCCUGAUCCGUUGACACCCGGAAUUCGGUUUGGCGAUUUCGAUCGAAUCCCAAGCGUUAUGUAAUUCGUGGAAUACUAAAGUGUGUGGACUCCGGCAAACUGUGAACGCGAUUUACGGGCGAACGAGAAACGCUGUGAAAUGGAAGCUUUCAUCAACGAAAUGGUAGAACCGAGGGUGAUGGAUUUGCUGAUUCUGAUUCUGCCAAAAUGGAAACUGCUGGUGUACAUAUUUUUGAUGAACGUUAUCAUAUUUUCACCGAUCUAUUUCUUCGGUGUGAUUCUGAUUGACGACGUUGAGCUACAGUUAAUCUGUCCAUCGGCAAUGCUGUUCGGUUUCAACCUCGUGCACCGGGCCCUGUUCGUACGGCACAACCUCAACAACACCCGUUCGAUGCUAGUGGGUAUCGGAUUUCUGUGCGUCGGAAUCUCGUCCAGCGGUUUGGUCACCAUGUACAGCAACGAUAGAGGAACGUAUCAGUCGAUCGUGCUACUCUACAGUGCGGUAGGAGGUUACGGUUAUCACUUGGUUUUCUCCAAAAUGUGGAAAGUCUUAGCAAAGAUCUUCAACGCCAAGAAGGAAAUGUUCGUGAUAAAGUUUCUUCAUUCAUUCGGACAAUCCAUGACUCCGAUAUUUCUACUAGUCACAUUCUAUUGCCCGUGGAAGGACUACAUAUUAGGUGCCCUACUGGUAGUAUUAGGUGCGGUCCUACUGAACCUUGUCCCAAUUACCAUCCUUAUAGAAAACGAAAAGAACUUCCUGAAGCUGGAUCAAGACUCUUUCGUCAAAAUUACCGAAAAGGGUAACGAAUCGUUCUACAACGAUGUUGUCAAAAACUUUACCGGUGCGGAAACAGUGUUUGCAGUCCAGAAUCCUCCCCAAGGUGACCAAAUGCCAAUGAUUAGUUGGAAGAACCCGGCCAAUUACAACCGUGAACAGGAAAUGGAAAUACCUGCGAUACUGGAGGCGGACUGCGAUGAAGACCUGCUGAACAGAGAUGGCAAAUGCUACAAUCAAGAUGGUGUGGAGAUACUGGAGAUUAUUGUCGAAGAGGACGAAGGCACCGUUUCGGAAAUUGAAGAGGUCACCGUCGACGUGCAAUCUGCUAAGGCGGCCGAUAAGGCAAAAUGGCUCACACUGGAUCAGAUGCUCAUAUUAAUCAUCAAACUGUACCAUGGCAUUCAAAUACGCCAAAACUUUAACACUAGAAUCGCGAAAUCCGUACGCUAUGCGAUCAGAGAGCUCAAGUUCUACAGCUGCUUACUUCUCAAGUCGUCUGACGUGUGCAUCUUCAUACUUUUCCUGACGGUGUUACCGAGAUUUAUGUCCCACCAUUAUCACUACCGGGGAAAGCCGCGGCAAAUGCUCCUUUUAUCGCUAGUCAUUAUCUCAUCGUCGUGGGCGACGUUUUCGCUGCUGCUGCUUUGGUGCGAUAUAAAGCUACGCAAACAGCAAGAUAAGCUACUCAUAUUCAGCGUACUGUUCAAGGCGUUUGGCUAUUUUUGUGUCUACUCGACCAAGUCCAGCUUUUGGACCGUAUCCGGAUGCAUUCUGAUUGGCGUGGGUCACGCGAUCACCUGUUCGUACCAGGAUCUGGUCAUCAAGCGGAAGUUCAACGCCCGACAGUGGAGUCUGGUGAAGGGAGCCCUCUGUCUGCUGAGCGGACUGCUAGUGUUGGCGAUAGCUAGCUUAACCAAUAUAGCUUACAUAUACUGUAGGAUAGAUAAUGUAUUGCUGACACUGUUGCUUGUAUACUGCUUCAGCGGGAGUGUGUGGCUGGUGUGUAAUUUUAGGAUAAUUUUUCGAUAAUUGUUACUCAAUAAACGAAUGGAUACCACAUCAGUUUUUAGAAUUUGUAAAAUGUUGGAAGUUUUUGCAUACAAAUUUUCGUAAUUAAGGUAUCAUGUUUUGUAUUUUGGUCCACUCUGCAACGCGCAUCAGCAUAACUGAUGCGCGCGAGAAUGUAACUCACUCUCGAAUAGGUAAACUGCAGCCUCUAAUUGUAUCUGAUAUACACACCCAGUUGAUCUCUCUGAAUGCUCAGAGAUUAGAGAAUCCAUUAUAUCGUAAUAGAUAGCUUAGCAGGUAGAUUUCGUCAGUUCAAUUUGAGUGCGCGAUCAAGUGGGACAUAAUAUACGGCGUCUCCGUAAUAAACGCAGUAUUUCAUUACAAUUUCAGUCUCCACUUGUGUAAUGGAAGAACUUCUAAGUUGUACGGGAUAAGUCUACCGUCGAGUGAAACAAACUCACCAACUGCGUGAUUUCGAACCGCGACAGAAACGAACGAGAAAACGUGUUGUGACUAUCAUUGUGACCAGUCACCUAGUAUCGAAGAAGAAUUUACAUUGGUCCUUCAAACGAACCGAAUUGUCGAAGUGGACUAUCAGUACUAUAAAAGUGCAUUGCUAUAGAGUAAAUACAAUACGGCGUUCUACGGCCAUUGCGGGUUUUGAAAGGCGACAAUUGUUCUUGGAGCUGGCUGUGUUG